AGUAGUGGCAUCAGCAUGAGAUUCAAAACACAGUUUAUGGUCAAGUCAAUCAGCAGCUUUAAUGACAGUAGGUGAUGAGCUAUAAGAGGACUUCCUAAAAUCGAGACAGCACCAAAUGAUAAGAGUGAACUUUAGGGCUCCUUCAGUGGCCUCAGUUACUUCAGCAUCAGUAUAUUUUUUAGAAGUUUCAAUGACUCAUAUUUAUUCAAGCAAAAGAAACUGUGGACUAACCAGUUUCUCAUCUGCAGUGGGUUUUAGAAAACUUACAGGAAGAUGAGGAAUCCGAGGCCAUCAAACAGCUUCGCUUUGCAUUGGAGAUCAACCCAAAUAACGCUGCUCUGCAGUGCAUGCUGGGCGCGAAGCUGGCGGCCUAUAAGAAAUACGAAGAGGCUGAGAGUCUGGUGAAGAAAGCACUAGAAAAUGAUCCUGAUAACCCUCAUAUCAUCCGCCACUCGGGAAAAUACUUACGUGAUCGGAAUCGACUGGAUGAGGCUAUUGAUGUGUUUGAGCGAGGACUGAAAAGGGGCGAUCAAUUAUCUUCCUUCAACUACCAGCUGGCUCUCUGCUACAAGCAGAAAAUGAUUGCUGAGGAGUGUCGCAGGCGCUUCAGCAACAGAGAAGAGGUGCGUAAGUGGAGGCGUAUUUGUAUCAGUCACCUUGAAGAAUCUGUGAAGAGGAAGAGACCUUUUGUCCGUGCGUGGGCUGAUCUUGCACUGCUGUGUGCAGAGGAAGGGGAUAUGAGCAGGGCUGAGGAGGCUUUCCAGCAGUGCUUGGAGAAGUUACCAGAGGUGGAGGAGGAAAAGGAUUGUCAGACUAUCCAUCAGCGCUGCGGUGACUUUUAUCUUUAUCACAAAAAAAAUGAGGCUCAAGCCAUCGCUCACUAUACCAAGGGGCUGCUGAUACCACUGAAAAAAUAUAAUUGGAGACAGUGUGCUAAGAAGCUGAAGCAGAUCGCUGAGAGACGUCUGGCAAAGAAUCGGGGUGAUGGUGAAGCUCUCGCUCUGCUGGGUCAGGUGGCCAGAGCUGAGGGCGACAGGAAGAGAGCUGCUGAGUUUUAUGAGAAAGCUCUGAACUGUGACAAGGAUAAUGAAGAGUAUCUGUCUGCUCUGUGUGAGCUGCGCCUGGAGCUGCAGUGAUCAUCUGAUUAAUCACCAUCACUGCAAAAACUGGCUAUAACUAACUCUUACAAUCUUAUAUCGAGCCAAAAAGUAUUUUAAUUUUGUUUUGAGAGUGAUACACUCAGAGAGAGCAGGGUGGAAUUAAUCUUUUACAAUAUGUAUUUUAUCUCUUAGUUUCUAAAUCAUAAAAUUUGUUAUUUACAUAU